GUCUUUCUGUUGUUGUGAUUGUUGCCUGCUUUAUAUAUUGCUAGCAUCACUCCAAAGCGCUAUAAAAGCUUCGGCCAGGAACAUCGACCUGGCCAGUGAUUUACAUCGUUCUGUGGUGGCUCGUCAAUCCCCAGGUAGACUUGCAGCGUCGCAAGCAACUCCCAAGGCUUAAAGGGGCCCCACCGUUUACGUUUUGGGCAGUUAAGUUCGUGUUCGGUAUUUUUAACCAGUGUAGUGCAGUGUGUGCCGAAAAAACUGAUGCACUUAUUGUGUUAUUAGUUGUUAACAACAUAAAAAAUAAACUCCGCUUUCGUGUGCCCCAUCCCUGGUGCAGCUCAAUCUCUAUCGCUUUCGCUGUGUUACGGUUGUGUGACGUUACGAUCUUCGCUGACACGUCGUUCUGUCACGUCAUCUCUAGCUACAAACAUGGAUAAAAUAGCAAAGCUAAUUUUUCUAUUUUCAGUUGCAAUCACAAUGGCGCUAGUGAUGGGCAACAAGGAUGAUGAUCCGCUACGCAAUCUGUUCGGUGGCCCUAACGUAUGGGGCCCGCUGAUGAAGUGGAACCGUAUCGCACCGAAUGAGGCACAGGACGGAAGCUCCAACAAUCUCGAGUACGACGGUGAAUACGACCAGCAGGACAUCGAUGGAGAAGCCGGACAACCGAUUGUGGUCAAGCGAUCCCACACCCGGCAGCCGGUUUGCGAGGUACUGCUGAACAUCGUGUACGUCGGCAACGGUACCGAUGGGUACGAGUAUCGGCCCAAUCACUAUGUCACCGAAUCAUGCCUUAGCUCGUACAACAACUAUCAGAAUAAGUGUACCGAAACUGGUCUUUCCUGCACGCAGAUACGGCAAAAGGUCUACAUCACACGUCGGAAGGUAACUGGAACGGAAACGAAAGCCGUCAACUGCUGGGAACAUGUGGCCCUUAGAGAGAUCGAUGCUGGCUGUGAGUGCAUGUGGCCAAAGGAGCAGAUCGGUGACAAGCAUUCGUACCGGUUGGGCAAAUAACAGCAUGGCAGUGAAGAGUUCUGGCGAGCGGCACGAACAAUUAUGCUACAGCCCAGUACAGGUGGACAGCGGCAACCGCCCGGGUGACACCUGCUCCUGCCCCCGCUACCCGUUGAACCCGUUCCCCCGUUCGAGCACUGAUUAAUGUGUAAAAUGAGCCCUUUUACGUGUUUAUCGCCGGUGCGACGAGUAUUUGUACUGUACAUACCCACACCCGAUGGCACAUUGGUUGUUACGAGCUACUGCCAAAAAUGUUUUGCCAGUAACCAACCCCCACCCAAUAUUGCAAAAACAUCUCGCCCCGCAUUUGAAUCGGUACCGUGCGGUGUGGGCAUGGUCUCCGAAUUCUUUGCACACGCUUCUAUGGUAAUUGUGCACCGAAACCACCAGCGUAAACGCAUCGUAAGCUUGACAAAAAAACAACUGUAUAAGUAUUAUUAACACUAUUGUCGUUCCUAUUUAUUGUAAGUACCUAAAAACCAAGAAUCUAAAUAAACACAUCAUAUGGUAAUGGUG